AUGCCUCGUCUUGCUCCUCCCACGGUUGAACCCGACAUCUUUGCACGGAUUAUCGACAAGGGUGGACAUGCCCUACAUGCCAUGCGGUACGGGCCAAACGAGGCAAUCUUGGUUGGCCAACAGAGCAGCACGUAUUAUAGCAGCAGAGACAAGUCGGACCAGCUGGAGCUCCGUUUCAGCCGAGGCUUAACAAAGCCCAAAGAAAAAGAAUGGCUGUUUGGCACACUGGGCGGCCAGUCAGACGUCUUUGUCUUUUCCCUGGCCGGCACCACGGACGCCAGCAAAACGCGCACGAUGCGCUCGCGUGUUUGCCGACAGCAGCACUUUGGCCUGUUCAUUACGCCGGAUCUGCGCAUCCACGUCCGCUACUUGGACAUGGGUUGCACCAUCGGUCGCACCCACACGGAUCACAAAACGAACAACAGCAAUGUCUCGUGGCACCAUGCGCGCAAGAUUGGCGAGACGGCGGUUGUGUACCGGGGGCCGUUCGAGGAGCAGCUGUGGGAAACGGUUGACAUCCGUGUGAAGGAUGCCAAGAUGAACUGGACAGCGACAUUCGAGAUACAGUUUCCGAACCACGAUGACGAUAUGGCGUCGGACGCGUAUCUGGCCAAUCUUCAAGCUUGGGCCAAGACGCCUGUCAUCACAAGAAUGACCGCCGUCGCGUCCAUGGCCGGCACGUCGGUGCUGCAGACGAACCGCGACAGCGAUCGCGUCUACAGCCGGCAGCUUGACGCGGGCGCUUUUGGGCAAGUGCAACUCUGGAUGGAUCUCGAUACGGGCGACAUCGGGGCGCUGAAGCAGCUCAAGGACGGCCUGAGCGACAGCGCGUUAUGGGACUUUCAGCAAGAAAUUCAAUUUAUGAGCAGAUUCGACCAUGAACAUGUCAUCAAAGUGAUUGAUUUUCAACAAAAACCCGUGGCACGCGUCUUGAUGCCAUACUACUCUCUCGGAAAUAUUGGCAGGUACCGCCUCCGUCAGGACCAGUGCAUUAAGGCCUUGGAGCAGCUGUUGCAGACCCUCGACUACCUUCACGACGUGCAUCACAUCGCCCAUCGUGACCUCAAGCCGCAAAACAUCUUGGUCGCCAGCCUCGAUCCCAUCCACAUUGUCCUGUCUGAUUUUGGGCUGUCCAAAGAGGCGCACUCCCAGAAAUUGAUGCACUCCUGGGCCGGCACCGACAGGUACAUGGCUCCCGAAAUGUUUUCGACGACUGACGGCUACGACUUUCGCGCGGACGUCUGGUCUGCCGGCGUCAUACUUCUGGAGUGGGCGCACGGCCUACCCGCCUUCAACGUGCCUUUCACACGCGGAACGGCAAAGGAGUGGACCGCCCAGUGGACGCAGAUGGUCGUCGAUGUCGUUGUCAUGCACCGUGGCAUCAUGGACAUUGGCAUUUUCAAGCUUCUCAGCCUCAUGCUGGUCAUAGAACCGGGUACGCGCCGCACUGCCGGGCAGUGCUUGGAUUUUGGUGUUUCACACGGUCUCUUCUCCCAGCCGUCGCAGGCCGCUGCCGCGGCCGCUUCUGCCAACACGGGCAGCGUCGGCCCUGGCCAUUCCGGCCAUCAUGGCCUUCUGGCGUUCCUGGCCUCGCUCAUGACACGGUCAAUUCUACGGUGUCUGGGUCCUCAGCAUCCGUAUCAACUGGUUCACCAGUCGUCGCUCUUGGACAAAGUCAUUUCCGGCGGCAUCAGCAAUAAGUCCCGGUCGCGGUGUAUGCGGCAAAGUGCGUCGAACUACGAAAGCGAAAAAUGGUCCAACAUAUCUCUUGGCAGCAAGGAAACAUGA